AUGAGCUUAAACCCUUCAAGGGUCAGCAAUUUAAAACAUGGGAAGAGGCACAUGUUUUUUUAUACCAAAUAUGCAUAUGCAGCUGGGUUUAUUGUACGAAUUGGUUCCAGUAAAAGGAGUAGAGCAACUAAUGAGUUUAUAAUGAAAGAGUUUUUUUGCAAUAGACAAGGAAAUAGUCCGAUUGAAUUGACUGGUGAUGAGAAAAGGAUUCGUGGUGUAGUAAGGGAGGACUGUAAGGCGAGAAUGAUAGUUGUGAGAGACAAGUCUGGUGGAUUUGUAGUCAAUAUAUUUGAUGAAGCUCACACUCAUCCUAUGACAAGUCCAAAAAGACUCCACUUGCUGAAGUCCAAUCGUCGACUUACUAAAGCUCAGAGAUCAUUAUGGGAACAACUAUCCAUGGUAAACAUACCCACACACCAGCAAUUUGACAUUCUUGGAGUGCAAGCAGGAGGAUUUCAGUACAUUGGUUGUACACAACAAGAUUUGUACAAUCUUAAAAGGGAUAAGCGUAAAGAGACAAAAGGGCAUGAUGGAGAAAUGUUGCAUGACUACUUUCUGCUAGAGCAAGAAAAAAAUUCCGGGUUCUUUGUCACAAUAAAGGCAGAUGUUGAAAAUAGGAUUACUCAUUGUUUUUGGGAUGAUGCAAUUUCGAGACAGUCGUAUAAGUUUUAUGGUGAUGUGAUUAUCUUUGACACAACAUACCAAACCAAUCGGUAUAGUUUGAUUUUUGCACCAUUGAUGGGGAUAAAUAACCAUGGUCAGACAAUUGUGUUUGGAGCUGCAUUCUUAAGUGAUGAGACUACAGCUUCGUUUGUGUGGUUGUUGAAAGAAUUUUUGAAUGCUAUGCCAGGGGGUCCUCCUAAAAUGAUCCUUACUGAUCAAGAUCCAUCCAUGGAAAAAGCUAUUUCUGAAGUCCUCCCAGACACAUUUCACAGAUAUUGUAGCUGGCAUAUCUUGAGAAAGUUUUCUGAGAAGCUUGAUGCAAUCAAAUUCAGAGAUCACUAUGAUGAAUUCAGAAAUUGCAUUUACUCAUCUGAGAAUGCAGAGGAGUUUGACUUCAAAUGGAAAUCAGUUCUUGCAAAAAGUGGAUUAAGUGGACAUAAGUGGCUGCAAUCAAUUUAUGAAUUUCGGUUUAGAUGGGUGCCGGCUUAUAUGAACCACAUUUUCUCAGCUGGCAUGUCAAGUAGUCAACGAGCAGAAAGUGCGCAUUCCUUUUUUAAGGAUUAUGUUUCUCAUAAAAAUUCUCUAGUGGACUUCAUGGUUCAGUUUAGUCGGGGUCUUUUACACAAACGGCAUGAGGAGUUGAUUUCAGAUCACAUUGACAUCAAUGAGAAGCCAAGAUUUAAUUGCCCCAUUAAGAUGGAAAAGCAAAUGGCUGCUAUUUAA